UUUAGAUAAAAAAUAGGAAUUAAGAGACAAGAUCUUUAAGAAAUGGAGGAUAUUUCAGAAGCAAUGAAUGAUAUCCAUAACAGGAUUGAGCGGGAAAAGGUUUUGAUUCAAGGAGCACAAGCUAUGUGUAGCCAAACUCUUAAUGAAAGUGUUCAACAAAGUCUUGGAAAUAGUAUACGGGAAUCUCAAAGAAAUAUAACCUAUUUGAUGGAAAGGAUGCGUGAACUUCAAUUAAAAAAGAAGGAAUAUUUAGAAGAUGAAAGUAGUGGAAAAGAUAAUAAACCACCUACACCCCCACCAAAGGAUACGCCUUUCCUGAAAGAAUCUAAAAUAAUGAAUAAUAUUUUUUUAAGUAAUGUUCAAGAUGAAGAAAAGCCGAAAACUAUAAUAGAAAGGGUGGAAGUAUUAGAAUCAAAGCCGCAAUAUACAAGACUAGAUUUAUAUAAAUAUCAUACACCAUACACAAGUAUGAAGAUUCAGAUGAUGAUUCAGCAAUUAGAACCGAAAUUGAUGGUUGAAAAACAAGUAAAAAAUGGAUUUGAUAAAUUAAUUAACUUAUAUAAAAAUGAAAAUGAUAAAAAAAACAAAAAUGAGGCAGAAAUGAAGAAAGCUGAAAGUGAACAAAAAAUACAACUUUUGAAACGUGGUUUAAAACGUUACAAAGAUCUUAACGUUGAUGUUGAUAAAGAAGUUCAGGAAGACAAUGAAAAUAGAAAUGUUUUCAGAAUGAGGGGGUCUCUUUCUGGUAUUCUUAAGGGAAAAAUUUAUGGAAUUCAAGAUAUUGAGCAUGUUUCUCGAACAUCCCGAACUCCUGAAACCUAUGUAGUAAUUAAAGUUGAUAAAACAGAGUUUUCAACACGAGCAUUCAAAGCGGAUCGUUGGCUACAGGAAUCUUUUGAAAUUGAAGCUAAUAAAGCGAAUGAAAUUGAAUUUACUGUUUAUGAUAAAUAUGGGAAUUCAUCUAUUCCUGUUGCUGUUCUUUAUAUACAAAUAUCGGAUAUUAAUGAGGAAUUGCGUCAGAAUCGCCUUAAAGAGGCAUCGGGGCCUGACUGGGUUAGUGCUGAAAAAAUGCAAAAUGAUUUUGGUCAAAUUACAUCUAAAGAUGUAUUUGAUAUAACAAAUUCUGAUUCCUUACCAACGUCUAAAAAACAAUCCUAUACUAUGAAAAAAGAUCGAACAGAAAAUAAAAGUAUUGACGCAUGGUUUGCACUUGAACCUGCAGGAAAAAUACAUUUAAGUCUUGAUUUUGUAAAGAAUCUUAAAAACUCACGCUCUAUUGAUAGAAUAGGUCUUGGUAGACAAGGUGCAAUCCGUGAAAAAAAGAAAGAAAUUUAUCAAAUGAAUGGCCAUAAGUUUUCUCAACAUCAAUUUUAUCGGAUUAUAAAAUGUGCGCUUUGUAGUGAAUUUUUGAAAGAUGCUGCAGGAUUUCGAUGUAUAGAGUGCAGAUAUACUUGCCAUAAGAAAUGUUAUCUUAAAGUUGUUUCAAAAUGUAUUUCAAAACCUAGUUUUGCUGAGGACUCUGAUGAAGAAAAACUUAAUCACCAUAUUCCUCAUAGGUUCGAAUCAUUUGUAAAUAUAGGUGCAAACUGGUGUUGCCAUUGUGGUUAUAUUCUUCCUCUUGGAAAAAGAAACGUACAGAAAUGUUCAGAAUGUAACAUAUUAUGUCAUUUUCAAUGCCGACAUCUUAUUCCUAACUUAUGUGGCAUGUCAAUGGAAGUAGCUAAUCAAAUUUUGAAUGAAAUUAGAAUUUCAAAAAUGAAGCAGGCGAAUGCUCUUGCUGCUAAUAAGAAUGAUAAUUUUCGUAAAAUUCACUCAGAAACUACUCAUUUAUUAUCCAUAAAUGAAUCUUAUCUUAAUGAUAAUCAAUCUAAAGUUCAAUUAUCGUCGCAAAAUCUAUCUCAAUUCUUAUUUAAGUCUUCCAAAAAUGAUGAAGAAUCUAAAUUUAAAGACAAACGAGCUUCUCUUGAUAAAAUAUCUUCACAGAAGAAUCUUUUCGAUAUAGCUGAUACUCGUCAAACACAUAAGCCUCAACUAUCCCUUUCGUCUACAGAUUUUGAAAAGGGGGUUCUAUUAUCCGAUUUAGAUUUAAGUUAUGACUCUCUGCAUCUAAAGAAUUAUCAACAUGAGGAUCAAAUAUAUAAACAAGAGGAUUUUGGAAAGUUGGACAAAUCUACUACACCUGAGCAUAAGAAAUAUACGGAUAUAAUACGUAAGACUAGUGAUAAAUAUUCAAGCGAUUAUGAUAGAUAUUUGAAUGAUUAUGAUCAAUAUUCUGAAGGUAUUUAUGGAAAAUCAAAUAAAUAUAAUUACUCACCGGAUUCAUCUAUUAAAAAUUAUCAAUUUUUUAAUGAUACUUAUAUUGAUAAACCAACUUCUUAUCAAUCAUCUGGAACAAGAGUUUCUUCAUCGAGUAAGAAAAAGGUUGGAUUGGAUGAUUUCAAUUUUUUGUCAGUUCUAGGUAAAGGGAAUUUUGGUAAGGUUAUGCUUGCAGAAGCUAAAUCUACAAAACAGUUGUAUGCAAUUAAAGUUUUAAAAAAAGAAUCUAUUAUAGAAAAUGAAGAAAUAGGAAGUACGAUAUCAGAAAAAAGGAUUUUCCUUACUGCCAAUAAAGGAAGACAUCCUUUCCUUAUUAAUUUACAUUCAUGUUUCCAAACAGAAACAAGGAUUUAUUUUGUAAUGGAAUAUGUGAGCGGUGGAGAUUUGUUGUUGCAUAUUCAACGAGAACAAUUUGGUCAGACUAGGGCAUUGUUUUAUGCAGCUGAAGUUUUAUUGGUUUUAAAGCAUCUUCAUGAAAAUGGCAUUAUUUAUCGGGAUUUAAAGUUAGAUAAUAUUUUAUUAUGUCUUGAUGGACAUAUUAAAGUAACGGAUUAUGGUCUUUGUAAAGAAGAUAUGUGGUAUGGCUCUACUACAACUACUUUUUGCGGUACACCUGAGUUUAUGGCUCCUGAAAUUUUGUUUGAGCAACACUAUGGACGUGCUGUUGAUUGGUGGGCAUUUGGCGUCUUGAUUUAUCAAAUGCUUUUAGGACAAUCUCCUUUUCGCGGCGAAGAUGAGGAUGAAAUCUUUGAUGCAAUUCAAUCCGACGAACCUCUUUAUCCUAUUCAUAUGCCUCGAGAUUCCGUUUCUAUAUUACAAAGGCUUCUUAUUAAAGAACCUGAACAACGUCUUGGAUCAGGUCCCAGCGAUGCUUUAGAAGUUAUGGCCCAUCCUUUUUUCCGAAAUAUUAAUUGGGACGAUAUUUAUCAUAAACGAGUUCAUCCACCUUAUUUUCCAAAAAUUACAAACCCAAUGGAUACAAGCAAUUUUGAUACCGAAUUUACACAUGAACCACCUGUAUUAACUCCAACUCAAUCUAAAUUAACUCAAGCUAUGCAAGAACAGUUUCGAGGUUUUUCUAUUUAUUGUGGUGAUCCAUAAUUUAUCAUUCCCUAUUUAUAAAUUUCAUUGCAAUUACUUUAUAC